AUGCAAACACCUUAUUCAACUGGUAAUGACUCUUCUACAACUAUGAUUACAGUUGGUGAUUUCAAUAAAGAUAAUCGGUUAGAUGUCGCUGUCGCAAAUUUCGGCACUAACAACAUAGGUAUCUUUCUUGGAUAUGAAGAUGGAUUAUUUGAAAACCAAAUAUUGAUUUCAACUAGUUCAUCUCGUCCAUGCUGGAUACAUAUUGCAGAUUUUAAUAAUGAUACAUUACCUGAUAUUGUCUCUGCAAACUAUGGUAUCAAUAGUAUUAGCGUAUUCUGCGGAUAUGGGAAUGGAAGUUUCUCAAGUCCAACUAUGUAUUCAACAGGCUAUGAUUCAGGUCCAUCCUCAGUUAUUUCUGGAGAUUUAAAUAAUGACAACAAACUAGAUCUUAUUAUUGCGAAUUCAGGCACAGAUAAUAUAGGUAUAAUGUUUGGAGAUGGCUAUGGUAACUUUAAAUAUCAAAAGACGUUAUCUACAGGUCUUGGCUCUCGUCCAUGCUCUGUUGCUGCAUCUUAUUUCAAUGAUGACAAUCUACUGGAUAUCUCUGUUGCCAAUUAUGGGACACGAAGUGUUGGUAUAUUUCUGAAUUAUGGCAAUGGAACUUUUUCACAUCAAACAAUAUAUUCACUGGGCACUUCUUCACCAUAUUCCAUUGCUAUUGCUGAUUUUAACAAUGAUGAUCAACUUGAUAUAGUCGUAACUAAUAACGGCUCUAACAAUAUAGGUAUGCUUCUAGGCUAUCGCAACGGUACUUUUGCAAGUCCAAAAAUGUAUUCGACUGGAUCAUCUUCUUCCAUAGCAGCAGCAGUAGGUGAUUUCAACAACGAUCGUCGAUUAGAUAUGGCUGUUGUAAGCAAUGACACUAACAUUAUAGCUAUACUUUAUGGUUAUGACAAAGGCUUUUCCAGCAAAAGUACAUAUUCUACUGGUCGAUUUCCACAGUCCGUUGCCGUCGGUGAUUUUAACAACGACACACGUCUAGAUGUUGUUGUCACUAAUUAUUAUGACAACACUGUCAGUGUACUGCUUGCAUAUGCUGAUGGUUCUUUUCAAAACCAAAUGACGUUUUCUACUGGAGCUAAUCCAUAUGGAGUAACUGUAGGUGAUUUUAAUAAUGAUAUAAUAUUAGAUAUUGUUGUGACUAAUCAUGGUGAUCAUACUGUAAGUAUACUUCUUGGAUAUGGGAAUGGCUCUUUUGAAAAUCAUAGAACAUUUGCCACUGGCAUUUCUCCACAAUCUGUGGCAGUCGAUGAUUUCAAUAAUGAUACAAUAUUGGAUGUUGUCGUCACUAAUUAUGGGGAACACACCGUAAGUGUACUUCUUGGAUAUGGGAAUGGCUCUUUUGAAAACAAAUUAAAGUUUUCCACUGGCUUUUUUCCGCAAUCUGUAGCAGUUGCUGAUUUCAACAAUGAUACACGAGUUGAUAUUGUUGUCGCUAACUAUCGAAACUAUUUUGUAAGUGUACUUCUUGGAUAUGGGAACGGUUCUUUUCAAAAGCAAAUUGUAUCUUUUACCCAAUCUCAACCAUACGCAUUAGCUAUUGGUGAUUUCAAUAAUGAUGCAUUAUUAGAUAUUGUCGUCACAAAUUUUGACGAGAUGAAUACUGUUAAUAUACUUCUCGGAUAUGGCAAUGGUUCAUUUGAAGAUCCAAUGACAUUUCCAACUGGCUCUUUUCCAUAUGCAGUCAUUGUCGAUGAUUUUAACAAUGAUACACAAGUCGAUAUUGUUGUCGUUAACAAUCAUGAUGAUACUGUAAGUCUACUUCUAGGUUAUGGCAAUGGUUCUUUUGAAAAUCAAAUGACAUUUUCUACGAACUCUGGUCCAUCUUCACUAGCUGUUGGCGAUUUUAAUUAUGACACUAAACUAGAUAUUAUAGUAACCAAUUCUAUUAGCAAUGAAGUCUGUAUACUGCUUUAUGACAACAGUGGAGCCGUAAAAAAGGAAAUAGCACUUGCCUCUGGUGGUGGUUCUCGUCUAAGUUCUGUUGCCGUUGUCGAUAUUAAUAAUGACAAUCUAUUAGACAUUGUUGUUGCCAAUUAUGCUACGGAUAACGUAGGUGUCAUUCUUGGAUAUGGUAAUGGAACGUUUAAAAGCCAGAUGAUGUAUACAGUGGGAUUAAAUUCACAUCCUAAAUCAAUAGCCAUUGCUGAUUUCAAUAAUGAUACUCAACUAGAUAUUGUAGUGACUAAUUUAAAUACUAAAAAUGUCGAAUUAUUUCUUGGAAAUGAUAAUGGAAUGUUUUCGCUGCAGAAAAGUUAUGAGAUUCAUUCCAAUUUUACUCCCUUCGUAGUCGUUGCUGGUGAUUUCGACAAUAAUGGACGUUCUGAGAUUGUUGUCGCAUAUGAUAAUACUGAAAAUGUUGAUAUAUUUGUUACAUAUGAUAUAGGAUUUUUUACAAAUACAACGACAUAUCCUACUGGUUCUCAGCCACAGUCUAUCGUUGUUGAUGAUUUCAACAAUGAUACAAUACUAGAUAUUAUCGUCUGUAAUAAUAAUGACAAUACAAUCAGUAUAUUUCUAGGAUAUGGUAAUGGCUCUUUUAAAGAUCAAAUGAUGUUUUCCACAGGCUUUUAUCCACAGUCCGUAGCAGUUGGUGAUUUCAACAAUGACACAAAUUUAGAUCUCGUCGUUAUUAAUGGUUUUAAUGAUAGUGUAAGUUUACUUCUUGGAUAUGGUAAUGGUUUUUUUGAUAAUCAAAUUAUAUUUUUUACUGGAUCUUAUUCGCAAUCUGUAGCAGUCGGAGAUUUCAAUAAAGACACACGAGUCGAUAUUGUUGUUACUAAUAGAAACGAGAACAAUAUAGGUAUCCUUCUUGGAUAUGGCAAUGGCUCUUUCAAUGAUCAAAUUACAUUUUCCACUGGUUAUCAUCCAAAUUCAGUUGUUGUCGGUGAUUUCAACAAUGACAAUCAGCUGGAUAUCGUUGUCGCUGAUGAAGAUGAUUACACUGUAAGUAUACUUCUUGGAUAUGGCGAUGGCUCUUUUGCUAAACAAAUUACGUUUUCUCUUGUCUCUAUGCCGACAUCUAUGGUAACUGGUGAUCUUAACAAUGACACUCAAUUGGAUAUUGUAAUCGUUAGUAGUGAUAACAAUACAAUAGGCGUACUUCUAGGAUAUGGCAAUGGUUCUUUUGCCAAACAAAUCACGUUUUCUGCUGGCUCUUAUCCGCAGUCUAUUGCUAUCGGUGAUGUUAAUAAUGACGCAAGAUUGGAUAUUGUUGUUUCCAAUAAGUAUGAUCGCACUGUAAGUGUUCUUCUUGGAUUUGGAAAUGGCUCCUUUUAUCAACGAAUAAUUUAUUCUAAUGGUGGAUUUCGCUCAACUUCUAUCGCUAUUGGUGAUUUCAACAAUGACAAGCGACUGGAUAUCGUCGUUACUAAUCCUGGUAACAAUAAUAUAGCUCUACUGUUUGGAUAUGCCAAUGAAGCUUUUGUAAAAGAAAGAACACUCUCAACUGGUAAUGGUUCUCGACCACAAUCGUUUGCUAUUGGUGAUUUCAACAAUGACGAUCACAUGGAUAUCGCUGUUGUUAAUUCGAGAACUAAUAACGUCGGUAUUUUUCUUGGAUAUGGCAAUAACUCUUUUACAAAUCAAUUAGCAUAUACAACGGGUGCUGCUCCAAAAUCUGUAGCGCUCGGUGAUUUUAACAACGACAGUAACCUGGAUAUUGUCGUUGCUAAUUCUAAGGACGAUAAUAUAGGUAUAUUUUUAGGAUAUGGCAAUGGUUCUUUUGCAAAUCAAAUGACCUACUCAACUGGUUCCUAUUCUGAGCCAUACUCAGUUGCAGUUGGGGAUUUUAACAAUGACACCUUACUAGACAUUAUUGUCGCUAAUCAUGGUUCGAACAGUGUAUGUGUUCUUCUUGAAUAUGGGAAUGGCAAUGGCAAUUUUUCCAAUCCAAAGUUUUUCUCAGUUGGUCAUGGAAGACUUCCAUUUUCUGUUGUCGUUGGUGAUUUUAAUAAUGACAGAAAGCUGGGUUUAGUUAUUGCUAACGAGGGCGCUGACAAUCUAAAAUUUCUCCUACAAACAUGUUAG